UUAAAAAAAAAAAAAAAAAAAAAAACACCAACAAAUAAAACAGGUAUUAUGUAACUUUUGAGAUAAAAGCGAAAAUCAGUCACGUAUUAAUAUCAAUAAGCUACCUAUAGUUGCGCUCUUACAAUUAGUCGUUUCGUUUGUGGAUCGAAACAGCUAGCUAAACGCCCGGAGAUAACGAUUCGUAUCAUUCCAUCGAUCGGUAUGUGCAGUGGCUCGUGUCAGCUCUUGUAGAAGAGCAACGGAAUCGAAGUUCGGGCGUACCAUUUCGGUACAUGCGAUUUUACAAACGGCUGAUACAUCUCCACAGAAAUUAUGAUCUUCACACGUCGAAAAUUUAUGGGAUAUGCGAGACGAAGAUUUCCCAUCAUAUCAUGGGCAUCUGGAUACAAGAGACUGUGGUUUCUCGAAGAUUUGAUGGCGGGUAUGACGGUCGGUUUAACUGCAAUUCCCCAGGGGAUAGCGUACGGAAUUGUAGCUGGACUUGAUGCUGAAUAUGGUCUUUACUCGGCGUUCAUGAGCUCCUUCGUUUACAUAUUUUUUGGUUCGUGUGCAAAUAUAACGAUCGGUCCAACGGCAAUAAUGGCACUCAUGGUGCAGCCGCUGGUGGCGAAAUAUGGAGCAGACGUGGCGGUGCUUAUAUGCUUUUUGAAGGGCUUGAUAAUUACUUUACUUGGAAUAUUUCACUUGGGAUUUCUACUGGACUUCAUAUCCCUGCCGGUUAUCGCGGGGUUCACUUCGGGGGCGGCGAUAACAAUUGCCUCCUCUCAGUUCAAGCCAAUUUUAGGUAUUCCUGGAUCAAGUUCGUCCUUCGUAGACUCCAUAGUAUCCGUAUUUACAAAUCUGGACCAGAUAGGAUGGUGGGAUACUCUUUUGGGAUUUGGAACCGUCGCAUUCCUGGUGCUUCUCAAGAAUUUCUCCGGUAAUCGUACGGGUUCCAUGAUGCAGAAGAUGAUGUGGAUGAUUUGUCUCGGGCGCAACGCCAUAGUUGUUAUUUUCGGAACUGCUUUGGCGUACGCCUUUUCGGCGAACGGCCUCGAGCCCUUCAGGUUGACGGGAAGUUUGGGUCAGGGAUUGCCAGCUCUUUCGUUUCCCCCAUUUUCAACUAAAUUCAACAAUGAAACUUUCACCUUUUUUGAUUUGACGACUGGCAUGGGACAAACCCUCGUCACGCUGCCAAUCAUCUCUACCAUCGAACAUAUGGCGAUCGCAAAGGCUUUUGCCAUGGGAAAGUCUUUCGAUGCAACGCAGGAGAUGCUUGCACUCGGUUUGUGCAAUGUUUUUGGAUCAUUCGUCAGAUCCAUGCCGGUCACAGGAUCGUUCACUAGAACGGCGGUAAAUCAUGCUUCUGGAGUCAGAACACCUAUGGGCGGACUUUUUACCGGUAUCCUGGUGCUCAUGGCUGUAGGUCUUUUAACGGAAGCCUUCCGUUUCAUACCUCGUGCAACAUUGGCUGGUGUUAUCGUUUGCGCCAUGUACUACAUGUUGGAUUUUCAAACAUGCGUCUUGCUAUGGAAGGCCAAGAAGGUGGACUUGGCGGUGCUCGUUGCGACCUUCGUAUCGUGUGUCUUCCUUGGCGUUGAACUCGGUAUUUUCAUAGGAAUCCUCCUGAAUCUAAUACCAUUGUUUUACUAUUCGGCCAGACCAUCCGUCCAGAUGAGAAUCGAACAGAUUGAGGGUAGAAAAUAUGUCCAAGUUAUUCCGGAAGAGGCGAUAUCUUUUCCCGCUGCUGAGCAUAUUAGAAACAAAAUUAUGAAACUCUCGGAGCAAAAGUCAUCCGGUAUUAUAUUCAAUGGAAAAAACUUGAAAAGAAUCGACGCUACCGUUGCGAAGAAUAUCAAGCUUUUAGCGAAAGAUCUCAAGGUCAGGGAGCAGGAAAUAACCUUCGUGAAUUGUCCGGAGAAUGUUGAGACAGUUAUAGGCUCUGUUGCUCCCGAAUUAGCCCUUCGAUUCGUGAGAACCGAUCCUCGAGGAUUCCCCGUUUGAAGUGAAAAAAUGGAAAAAGAAUAAAACCGUAAUUUUCUGCAACUGCAUGGCAUGGGGUAUACGUAUACGUGUAAAUAGGCGUGUAUGUGUCUGUGGCAAUGUGAAUAAUUUUCACGAAAUUACUACCCUCAGAGAACAUUCUCGCGUGACUUGUAAGCGUUCAUUUUUUUAAAGACAUAAUAAAUCUACUACUUUCUCAUCAA